AUGCGGGCAGUUGCUGAUCCUACUAGGCAAAAGUUCUGGAAGCCUUCCACGGACUUUGAUCCGUCAGAUUUUGAAGUCUCCACUACGGUCCAGCGCAGUAACGCGAUGUGGGGUUUCAGCCUUGGCGACAGCGUAGCAGCACCGGCCCCGAACGAGAAGCCAAAGUCACCACAGACAGCUGCUCUCAACCUCAACCACACCGUCUAA